GCUGGACAGCGAAGAGACAGGGCGAGUUUUUUCUUCGCUCCCGAGUUUGGCCGAAAAGAAGGAGAGAGAGAAGAGAGGGGUUCCUCCAGGGGGAAGACAUGGGUCUGUCCCAGGACGUCCCCUUCUUCCUCCUUUUUGGGGUGGUCGCCCUUCUGCUGCGGGGUUCCGACGGCGCCUCCCCCCAUUCCCUCUGCUAUUUCACCACCAUUGUCUCUGAGCCUGGAGAGAAGGAGCCCCAGUUUUUCUCUGUGGGCUACGUGGAUGACCAGGAGUUCACUUCCUAUGAUGCCAAAGCCAGGAGAGAUCUUCCCAAGGUGCCCUGGAUACGGAAGGUGGAGGAGGACGACCCUCAGUACUGGGAGUGGAACAGCCAGUAUGUGCGGAAUGCUGAGCUGAUCUUCCGAGUGGACCUGGGCACCCUGGCCGGGUACUACAACCAGAGCGGAGGGGCUCACACUCUCCAGUACAUGUCCGGCUGUGAGCUGAGGAAAGACGGGAGCAAAGGAGGGUAUCAGCAGUAUGCCUACGACGGAAGGGACUACCUCAGCUUUGACAAGGAGACCCUCACCUGGACGGCAGCCGAUGCCGCAGCCCAGAUCACCAAGAGGAAGUGGGAGGCUGAACCUGUCAUUGCCCAGUAUAAGAAGGCCUACCUGGAAGAGACCUGCAUUGAGUGGCUGCAGAAAUACCUGGAGUACGGAAAGGAGAUACUGCUGAGGACAGAGGUGCCAGACGUGAAGGUGACACACAAGGCGGAGUAUGACGGCAUGGAGACCUUGAUCUGCCAUGUUGGAGGCUUCUACCCCAAGGAGAUUGACAUCAACUGGAAAAGGGAUGGAGAAGUCUGGAUGCAAGAUAUCUACCAUGGCCUGGUGUCCCCCAACUCAGAUGGGACUUACUACACCUGGAGGAGCGUCACGGUGGACCCCAAGGAGAGGGAACGCUACAAAUGCUACGUGGAGCAUGAUGGGCUUCCGAACCCUGUGGACGUGGCCUGGGAGGAGCCUGCCUCCAAGUUGUGGCAUAUCAUCGGGGGUGUCAUGGGGGUUUUCUUCCUGAUUGCUGUGAUGGCUGGGAUUGCUGUGUAUUUCAAAAAACGUCACGAUGGAUACAAAAAAGCUGCAGCAAGCGACCAAGGAUCCAACAGCUCUGGGACAGGGACUGCUGUGCCCAUCUAGCAACCUCAAAGCAGUAUAACUGGCAAAUCUGCCAUUCAAGGGAAGAGAUGAAGAAUACAUCCACCUAAGCACUUUGAGGAUCUCUCCAUUAAUCUUCACCUUUGCUCCACCUGUACAAAUUUUGAGAAUAUUUUUGGUGUCAGGGAGCUGGGCGUGUGGUGAUUUAUGAUUUUUCUUUUUGCAAUAAUCAAGCAUUUUAGGAUGCAUUUUGCAGCUGAAAGAAUGAGCUUAGCUUUUUCACCUGAUUAAAAAAAAUAGUUUAUUGGUACUCUGUUUAAAUUGAAUGGAUCUACUCUCCAUGAGAGGAAAAAAAUGGCUCUGGAAUACAUGCCUAUUGCUUGCAAUCCUAUUAGUUACUUCUGUAUUAUGAGCACAACCUGUCUCUUUUUGGAUGUGUCCAGGAGGAUAUUCUCUGUCCCUUUGUGCCCACCCAAAACCUGUUCAUUCUUGAAGGGCCAUUGCUGCUUCUGCUUGAUGGCAGAACGAGGAGGAGACUCCAAAGAGGAAGAGACCAACCCUGGAGUUCUUUUUUAAAAAUGUGUGAUGGGUUGUUUUGAGAACUUAAUUAAUUUUCUAGCUCUUAAUUCUUUUAACAUCUACAAAAUCAG